AUGAAGUACAGCUACCAAGUGCCAGUGUCAACGUACACGGGCAGCUCUCAGUACACGCCGACAUACCACACACCCACCUAUCACACAGCCUCACACUACACCCCGACGACGACGCACUACACAUCCGCAUACACCUCUCCAACAAAGUACACCCCGACACAGUACAGCCCGACCCAUUACACCCCGUCACAAUACACGUCCACUUACAAGGCGGCGGCGACAUAUGUGCCCUCGUACAGCAAAGGGUCGCGGUACAGUUCAACACAUCGCACACAAGCGCAGGAAAAGCCUGCACCUGUGAUACCUGUCGCGCCUCCAAAGAGAACGGUGCACUUCCCCAAUGACAUCAUCUUCCAGGAUAUUGUUAGACGGGGAGAUUUGGAGCAAAUCGGUCGGUUCAUGAGAGCGAGGAAGGUCCGUGUGGAUGCACUUUUCCACUCAGGUAUGGCAGCCCUUCAUGAAGCCGUGCUCACAGGAAACCUGGAGGUGGUGAAGUUGCUGGUGAAAUAUGCCGCUGAUGUUCACCAGAGAGACGAAGAUGGCUGGACGCCACUCCACAUGGCCUGCAGCGACGGCUACCCGGAAAUUGCAAGUUAUCUGCUGUCGAUGGGCGCCAGCACAGAGGCAGAGAACGAAAGCGGAGAGAAGCCUGCAGACCUCAUCGACCCGGACUGCAAAGAGCUGGUCAAACUCUAUGAGUUAACAACACUUGACUUGUAA